AUUUGUAGUAUUGUUUUGUCAAAGAUGUCGUUUCUUUAUAUAUUGUUAGUUUCGUCCACUUUUUAUAUCGCAUCUGCAAGACCGAACAAGCCAGUAACUAUAGCAUUUCCCCCUAUUGCUACUUUUUCUGAAGUGUCAGAAGCUGCAGAAGGACCAGUCACAGACAGGUCUGGAUAUUUCGGACUUCCCGGCUAUUUGGUAGACAUGUCCAAAUUAUUUGAUCAGUACAAUCCAACGUUUGAUCCAAAUAUAGAAGCCAGGAAGCAGGAUGAAAAGAAAACAAAUAAAGAUUUGAUGGGUUACUUCAACAGUUGGUUCUCACCAGGCAAUCCGGGGAUCUAAGCUAUAAUGAUUAUUAUUGUUCUGAAGCAUAUAUUUUUUUAUUUUUAAUUAUAAAAUACAUAUUAUCAUUGUUAAUUUUUAGAUGUUUAGUGAGGGAAAAUUUGUUUUUAAAUGUUUUUUUUAUUGUUUAAUUAAACAUUUUAUUUAUCCGAAAAGACCUAACACUUUAAGUCACAUCACAUCUGUCCAAGGUACCGAGAAUAGAUAGUCAUAUCACUUGUUAUUGUAAUUAGAGUCUCUAUGUACCUACAUUAGAAUAGAUGAUAACCUAUUAAAGAUUUAUCGUUGCUUGUCUCUGUUAUUUCACAGUACCUAUUA